AUGCGAGGCGAGGUUUGCCAUAUCCAUAUUGGCCAGGCUGGUACUCAGCUCGGUAACAGUGCCUGGGAACUGUACCUCCUAGAGCAUGGUCUCAAGGCUGACGGUCGUCUCGAUCCCGAGGUGCCUGAAUCGCACAACAACGGAGGCUCUUUCGAAACCUUCUUUACCGAGACGAACAGCGGCAAAUACGUACCUCGCUCUAUCUUCGUCGAUCUUGAUCCAUCCCCUAUUGACGAGAUCCGCACUGGCACUUACCGCCAGCUCUUCCACCCCGAGCUCUUGAUCAGCGGAAAGGAAGAUGCCGCCAAUAACUAUGCUCGCGGUCAUUAUACCGUUGGCAAGGAACUCGUGGAUAGCGUCGUUGAUCGAGUUCGUCGCGUUGCCGACAACUGCAACUCGUUGCAGGGGUUCUUGAUCUUCCACUCCUUUGGCGGUGGUACCGGUUCUGGCUUUGGUGCAUUGCUCCUGGAGCGUCUUUCGGCCGAAUAUGGCAAGAAAUCCAAGCUGGAGUUUUCCAUCUAUCCCUCGCCCCGCGUGUCGACUGCCGUCGUUGAGCCCUACAAUGCCGUCUUGUCCACCCACAGCACUAUUGAGAACUCGGACUGCACCUUUUUGGUUGACAACGAAGCUGUCUACGACAUUUGCCGUCGCAACUUGGACAUUCCCCGCCCUGGUUACGAGCACCUGAACCGUCUGAUCGCUCAGGUGGUCAGCUCUAUCACCUCGAGUCUCCGAUUCGAUGGCGCACUCAAUGUCGACUUGACUGAGUUCCAGACAAAUCUGGUGCCGUUCCCUCGUAUCCACUAUCCCCUGAUCUCUUACGCGCCCGUAGUUUCGAGCAACCGCAGUUCCCAUGAGAGUUUCAAGGUGCAGGAUCUUACUUUCCAGUGCUUUGAGCCCAACAACCAGAUGGUCGUCUGCGAUCCUCGUAACGGCAAGUACAUGGCCGUUGCCCUUUUGUACCGUGGUGACGUCGUCCCCCGCGACUGCACUCAAGCUGUUGCCGCCCUCAAAGCAAAGGCAUCCUUCAACCUGGUCGAAUGGUGCCCCACCGGCUUCAAGCUCGGUAUCAACUACCAGAAGCCAGUGCGUGUUCCCGGCAGCGAGUUGGCUCCUGUCGAGCGCUCUGUCAGCAUGCUGUCCAAUACCACUUCUAUUGCCGAGGCGUGGGGUCGUCUCGACCACAAGUUCGACCUCAUGUACUCGAAGCGUGCCUUUGUGCACUGGUACGUGGGUGAAGGUAUGGAGGAGGGCGAGUUCUCCGAGGCUCGUGAGGACCUGGCCGCAUUGGAGAAGGACUAUGAGGAGGUGGCCAAUGAUGGUAUGGAGCCCGAGGAAGAAGGGGUCGAAUACUAA